AUGGGAAUCUGCCCAUUAUCCAGAGUCCAUGGAAAUCUGCCCAUUAUCCAGAGACCACAGGAGUCUGCCAAUUAUCCAGAGACCACGGGAGUCUGCCUAUUGUCCAGAGACCAUGGAAAUCCGCCCAUUGUCCAGAGACCAUGGAAAUCUGCCCAAGAUCCAGACUAUGGGAAUCUGCCCAUUAUCCAGAGACCAUGGGAAUCUGCCCAUUUUCCAGAGACCAUGGAAAUCUGCCCAUUAUCCAGAGACCAUGGGAAUCCGCCCAUUAUUCAGAGACCUUGGGAAUCUGCCAAUUAUCCAGACGAUGGGAAUUUGCUCAUUAUCCAGAUACCAUGGAAAUCUUCCCAUUAUCCAGAUACCAUGGGAGUCUGCCAAUUAUCCAGAGACCAUGGAAAUCUGACCAUUAUACAGAGACCAUGA